AUGCGGCGGGACGAUGCAUUACAGCUCUUAAAAGAAGUAUCGCAAAUCGUUUUCAGUCAUGAACUAGCUGAAGAGGUUCUUGAGGUUCUUGAGUUUCAGCCACUCGCUUUAGCAGCUGCUGCAUUUUACGUCAAUACUGUUGUAAAACAUGGCUCCCCAAACUACACAUGGAAGAAUUAUCUGGAAGUCUGUUCUCAAGGUGACCGUGAAAGUACAGAAAAACGUCUUGCCAUGGAAAGCGAAGCGUACUCCAAGACAAUGACCACCUCUAUAAAAAUGGCACUAAAAACGUUUUCGGACAGAGAGGACGUUCUACGGCAGACAUUCCUCCUCUUUUCGCUAAUUGCUUCAGACCCUCUUCCCAUAGAAGUCGCUGUUGACUUUGUCAGAGCUCGAACCUCAGGCAACACAGACGAGCUAAUCAGAGCGAAGAUUAUAAAAUCCACCUUGAUUACUUGUUUGUACAAUGAAGACAGGUCUUCAGGAUAUUUAAAGGUACCAACCACGGUAUAUAAAAUCCUCAAGGAAACUUCGACUUCUUCUUUUUCGGAAAGAGUUCCCAGCAUAUGUCACGCUAUUAGUGCUUUUCACUCUCUAAUUGAAUCAGAGCGAGGUAAUUUGUUCCAAAGUCCACAAGUCUGUGUCAAACUCCGAAGAGUUACAGCCCACAGUAAAUGCUUACAUAACAUUCUCACCGCUACGUUUCCAGAUAAAUUUACUUGGAAGAAACGACUAACAUCCUUUAUUACUCUGAACACGAUCAUUUUGUGGCUUUCGGGAACAGCUGCUGUUUGUUGUGACCUGAGUAACCCUUCAGACGCAAAUCUGUUUUCUACAUCUGCUUGUGAACUAGCUGUAUAUAGUGACGGCUUGGUGAGGGCAAAAGCACUCACUGUACACGGCAGAGUGUUAAUGAUGUCAUGUAACCAUAAAAUUUCCAAUCAAGUCUUUGAAAGAGCUAUCGAGAUUUACAAAAUAAGUGAUGGAGUAGAACACCCAAAGCUAAGUCAUUGCGCAAGGCACAUUGAAGUGCUAGAAUACUUUGAGAAGGCUCUGGCCAUCAGGAAAAAGACUUUAGGUGAGGAACAUACUGAUGUAGCAGAAAGUCAUAACAACUUGGGGGUUGUUUACAGUCACCUUGCAGAGUACAAUGAAGCCAAAGAACACUACGAGAAAGCACUAUUCAUCUGGAAAAAGAUUUACGGCGAGGAACAUGCUGAUGUAGCGGCAAGUUAUAACAACCUGGGAGUUGUUUACGGUAACCUCGGAAAGUACAGUGAGGCAAAAGAAUACCUCGACAAAGCAUUGAUCAUCAGGAAAAAGAUUAACAAGGAGGAAGAUGCUCAUGUAGCAUCAAGUUAUAAUAACUUGGGAACUGUUUUCAGUCAUCGCGGAAAGUACAGUAAGGCAAAGGAAUUAUACGAGAAAGCACUGUUCAUCUUGAAAAAGAUUUAUUAUGUGGGACAUAAGCUUGUGGCGACAAUUUACCACAACUUAGGAAUUGUUUGCAGUCAACUCGGAGAGUACUUUAAAGCAAAAAAUUAUUUCAAGAAAGCACGGGUCAUUAUGAAAAAGUCUUCCGAUGAGGUACAUUCUACUGAAGCGACGAGUUCCAUCAACCCUGGAAAUAUUGACAAUCGCCUUAGAAGUGUAAUGAAUACAAAGUACUCAAAGAGAAAGCACUGA